CAGAUAUAAUAUUGUGAACAAUUUAAAAUUAUAAUGUCUACAAAGAUCUCAUUUGUUUAUCUGGAAAGGAGUAUUUAUGCUGUCGCUGUCAUAGGCAUCUUUAAUUAUUCUACUUAUAGACUGUUUUUGUCUUCAAAAAACCCAGAUUACCACAGCUUAUUACACUUGAGGAAUAUUACUUUCGCUCCAGAUUUUGCACUAUUGCAAGAUGCAGCAGAGGUACAAUGGACGUUGCUUCCAUUAUGGAUGAGUUUUGUCCCUUACUUAUUACUACAUUCACUGGCUUCAUCACUAAUAUUUACUCUGACAAAGCCAAAGAUACACAAAUGCUGUCGUGCAAUUUUAUCUAUUUGGUUAGUCGUUCAUUUGAUCGGAAUUAACAUGGUUAUUGAUAUUUUGUUCAACUUACUGUGCUUCUUGUGCAUAAGCUAUUUGGUUUCUGGGAAUUGCAUUCUAAUUUGGAUCUUCACUGUUUUGAUAUUUCAAGUAUCUGAAUUCUUUAUUAGUUCAGCGAGUUAUGAGGUAUCAUUGUUUACUCGUCAUUCAGUGUCGGAUGAAUGGUUUGUACUUUUGUAUGCUGCACAUUUUUACAUAAUACUACGUGGUUUAAGUGUGGCAUUAUCAAUUCAUAGAUUAUCAGACAAAUCCAGGUCAUCUUCUCGUGAACCUGAAGUGAAAGUGGAACCAACAAUAAAAUGUGACUCAAAAUUUUCAUUGACUAUUCUACUGGAUGCGUUGGAUUAUUCUUUUUAUCCACAUGCACUAUUUUUAGGUCCUUUAAUUUUGUAUUCAGAAUGGCGUGACUUUUGGGUAAAUUGUAACUCUUUGUCAUCCAGUCAAUCAGCAAGUUUCAAGACACUCUUUUCAACAUUUUUAUCACUUUUAUUCAAAGCUAUUCGACUAUUAUUUUGGAAUUCAUUUUGGUCAUUAUGUUUAUGCUUCGUUUAUCCUAAUUCAUUUGGAUAUUUAUUUCCUUAUGCACAACUUCAUGAUUUAUCGAAUAGAUUAAAUAAAAAUUACUUUGUUAUUGAUCGUGGUACAAUUGGUGCAAUCAUGUCAUUGCGUGGUUUACACUUAUUUAUGACAUAUUUACAAUUUUAUGGAUGGCCAUAUGUACUUACAAAUUUCGAAUGGCUUCUUAUAAAUCUAUUCAACAAGUUAUUAAGUGUAAUACAUGGAUCAUGUAAGAAAAAUCAAUAUGAAAUAAGAAAAUCCUGUGAUGGUUUACAUCGACUUCAAGUUUCGUAUAUACCUGAUCCACCAUCAUGUUUACUCCACGUUCUUUUGACUUCUGAAUGUUGGCGGUCAUUUGAUCGUGGAUUGUAUAAUUUUAUCAAAUCGUAUAUUUUUCUGCCUGUAAUUAAGUAUGAACUACCUUUAACAUAUAAGUAUUCAAAUAUUGUGAAAUUAAAUCCUACCAUCAAAACUGUACUAGCGCUUAUUUUGUCCUACUUAUUUGUACUUUUAUACCAUGGAAUUGAUCAAACAAAUAUGAUCUGGUUAUUCUGUAAUCUACUGGUUUUAUUUUCUGAACGUCUAGUGAAAUGGGUGUACCUUUAUACUGACUUUGGAUUAGAAUUACGUCAUCAUCUUUCCGCUGAGUGGAUCCGACGUUUAUCAUUGCUACUCUGUGCAAUAAGUGGAAUUUUUUCAGUCUUGGGGAACUUUUACUUUCUUAUUGGAUUCAAAGCUGCUAAUCAAUUGUCAAAAUGGGUGGUAUAUGACCCAAGUGAGUUGAAAAUUUUACAAUAUUUUCAUUUGAUUAGAUAAUAGAAAUUUUCAACUUGUUAUGUAGGUAACGUAAAACAAAUUUUAUUCUUUCUGAUGAGUGUUUGACUUAACUUACAAUAGCCUACGGC